ACAGACCAGUUACACUGCUGGUAAUACUGAAUACAACAAAAGCAGUGGCAACCAUAAACACUGCACAGGGUGCACGCAUACAUUCAGGCGCUGGGCAAACUAACUGCAAGCUUUCUCAAUUUCAACACACUCCAGCGUAAAAGCAAUUUGGAAAGAGAAACGGAUCUGAAGAUAUCUCCCACCAGCUGGACAUGGGGUAAAAAAAAAUCGAAGCAACUUGUCAACAUUUUCCAUAUACAUAUAUGGUUGGGGAAGGACGCCACGUUUUUAAGCUGUGUGCUAAUGCUUAUGGUACACGAGCAACUUGCGUGCUUAAACAUCGGUGAAAGUAAACCUUCCUAUGUUGCCUUUUGCGGAAAUCAUCAGCUAUAGGUAUCAACAUUUUUAGUAGGCUUUUCAGAUCUUUUAAGAACUGACUAUUUGCAGUCAGCACAGACACAUGUACUGCCAUGGUUGUGCGUUGUUUAUAAUUACAUCAGGAGCACAUGUAUUGCCAUACGAAUGCGACGUAAUAACUUUCGGUUAGAGAAGAACUUUACAAUUAAAUGUGUAAAAUCGUGUAGCUUUCUGCAAAAACAUUAAUACGCAAAACAAUUGUUGCAUAAUAUUGAUAACAAAAUAUACAUAUUUUCACCGUGUCAGUUUGGCCUUUUGAAAUAGAGAUGGCGGAUAUAAACACUUUGCAACAGGCGCAGGAUGACAAAGCCAGCAAUCCCCUAAAGGCAGAGAAGAGGUUUAAACUGUGGUACAUGGGCUGGUCCGCACUGGACAGGAGGACAACACUGCCCAUGUUGCCCUGGCUCGUGGCAGAGAUACGCAGGAAAAGUGAAAAGAACGAACUAGGUUCUGCUCAAGCCAGGGAGGUGCAACUCGUUCUCACGCCGCCUCUGAUCCGAUGUGUCCCUGCAAAUAAUAACAACCCCUCUGUGUUUAUAUUCGAGCACAAGGCACAUCACGUCUCCAGAUUCCUUCACAACAGCCAUGACCUCAGCUACUUUGCCUACCUUAUCAGAAGCCAGCCUGAUAAUCCCGAAUCUGAGAUGGCGUGCCAUGUUUUCAAGGCUUGUGACCCAAACCAGGUUCCUAAUGUCAUCAGCAGUAUCCGGCAGGUAUUGAAAGCGGCCCUUAAAGAAAAUACGAAGACAAAGCAGGAGGGCGAGGAUGCUUUUUACAACUCUCAGAAAUUUGAGAUGCUGUACUGUGGAAAGGUGACUGUUGCCAACAAGAAGGUCCCCUCCACCCUAAUCGAUGAGUGCAUUGAGAAGUUCAAACAGCAUGAGGUGGACCGGCAGCGUUUGAAGCUGCUGAACGAGCAGCGGGGAUCGGCAGACUCGCAUGUACAAUUCACACUUGGGGAUGGGGAUCCCCUCACUGACACCCUCAAGAGCACCUUUGAGUCAUCCAAGGGUGGCAGUAGCGCCGCUGACCUGAGGUACGAGUGUAGUGACAGCGCCACUGGCCUGAGGUCAGAGGGUGGUGACAGCGCCACUGGCCUGAGGUUAGAGGGUGGUGACAGUGCCACUGGCUUGAGGUCAGAGGGUAGUGACAGUGCCACUGGCCUGUUUUCAGUCAGCACCAGCCAGGCCAGUCUUUGGGGCUCUCGAAAUGCCUUGCCAGAGUGCAUUCAGGAAGAUUCAGACUUUGAUGACCAGCAGGAGUUCCGCAGCAGGUGCAACAGCGUUGCAGCUGUAAUGCAGAAGAAAGUGUCUGACAGCACCUCAAAGGGAUCAGUACGCAGACGGCACGCCAGCGCUCCAAGCCAUGUGCAGCCCUCGGAUGCAGAGAAGAACAGGACCAUGCUGUUCCAGGUUGGAAGAUUUGAAGUGAACCUCAUUAGUCCAGACACUAAAACAGUUGUGCUUGAAAAGAAUUUUAAAGAUAUUUCGUCAUGUUCUCAGGGAAUACAAAACAUUGAUCAUUUUGGGUUAAUCUGCCGGGAAGCUGUUGAAUCUCGGCCAUGCCAGUAUGUGUGCUAUGUGUUCCAGUGUGCAAGCGAUGCUUUGGUGGAUGAAGUGAUGCUGACUCUAAAACAAGCCUUUAGUACCGCCGCUGAUCUUCAGAACGCAAAGACUCAAAUUAAACUGUGUGAGGCCUGCCCAAUGCAUGACUUGCAUAAACUCUGUGAGAGGAUCGAAGGGCUUUAUCCACCUAGAGCUAAGCUUGUGAUACAGAGACAGCUCUCCCUUUUGACUGACAAUGAACAAGCUGACAUUUUUGAACGUGUUCAGAAAAUGAAGCCUGGCAGUGACCAAGAAGAGAAUGAGCUGGUAAUUCUUCAUCUGCGGCAGCUGUGUGAAGCCAAGCAGAAAACACACCUUCACAUCGGAGAAGCUCCACUGAAUGCACAGAACAGUGCGAUUCCUGAACAUCCAGCGAGCAGUGGCAAGUUUAAACUGGAUAUUCUGAAAAGUAAGGCCAGGAAGUCUUUGACAAGCUCCCUGGAAAACAUCUUCUCCAGGGGAGCCAACAAAAUGCGAGGUCGUCUCGGAAGCAUAGACAGCUUUGAACGAUGCAAUAGCCUACCAUCUGACAAGGAUGGUUCUCCAGGUGACUCUCCUCCCCCCACUCCACCAGCCUCUCCCGUGUCUUUGCUGGGGCAACCCUUCUCGGAGGAAGACCCAGACUCUCCACAGUUCCGGAGGCGUGCUCACACCUUCAGCCACCCACCUUCACUCAAGAAGAAGAUCUCCUUCACAGACUCCAAGUCUCAGAACACCAAAUCUCCAGUCUUCCGACAGCUUUCCGUGGCUCCUGAACUUUUGCAGAGCAGCCCCAUUGACAUUUCAAGACGCACUCGCAGUGUAUCUGAGAGCGAAACCUCCUCCUUCAGCCUCCCCUCCUCCUUCUCAGCUCCCUUUUUCCUGAAAAACUUUUACCAAGGCUCUGGCUGGCAAGCCACACAGGCUGACACUGGGACCCCCACGAGUAAUGGUGAAGGGAGGAAAAGGACCUUCUCUGGCUGCAGUAGUGACUCUCUGAACAUCGGGGGUGCCCCCCUGACUCCCCGACAAGUCUCCUGGCGCCAGAAGAUAUUCCUGAAGGUUGCGUCGCCCAUGAACAAAUCUCCUGCUGCCGUGCAUCGUAAAGACCAACUGGAUGUCAAUGAGCUCCUGCCCCUGUCUCCACUGGCCCCUGCUCUGCAGGAGGACCCACUCACCUUCUUGUUGCAGCCGGAUAGUGUUUGUGAUGGGGAGAAGAGGAAGCGCACCCCCAAAGAGCUGCACACUCUGUGGAGGAAAGCCGUACACCAGCAGAUUCUGCUGCUUCGAGUGGAGAAAGAGAACCAGAGACUCGAAGCAAGCAAGGAUGAGCUGCAAACACGAAACAUGAAACUGGGUUAUCAAGAGGUGGGAGAAUGUCCAAAGGAAGUUUUCGAAAUGUGGGACAAGAAGCUAACCAUGCAGGGACGAGUGAAGGGCAGGUGUGACAUGGAGGAGAUCCAGUGUGCCCUCAGUCAGGGUGUACCGAAGAAUCGCAGAGGGGACAUCUGGCAGUUCCUGGCUGUCCAGUAUCGCCUGAGACACCGUCUGUCAUGUAAACAGCAGCCUCUGGACAUAUCCUACAAGGAGCUUUUAAAGCAGCUCACCACACAGCAGCAUGCUAUCCUGGUAGAUAUUGGGCGGACUUUCCCCACUCACCAGUACUUCUCUGCGCAGCUGGGGGCUGGCCAGCUCUCCCUCUUCAAUCUGCUCAAAGCCUAUUCUCUGUUGGACAAGGAGGUGGGCUACUGUCAAGGGAUCAGCUUCGUGGCAGGAGUCUUGCUUCUACAUAUGAGCGAGGAGCAGGCUUUCCAAAUGCUCAAAUUCAUGAUGUAUGAUCUGGGCAUCCGCAAACAGUAUAGACCAGACAUGAUUUCACUCCAGAUUCAGAUGUACCAGCUGUCAAGACUCCUCCAUGACUACCACAGAGAUCUCUACAAUCACUUGGAGGAGAAUGAAAUCAGCCCGAGCCUGUAUGCUGCUCCCUGGUUUCUCACUCUCCUUGCCUCCCAGUUUCCACUCAGCUUUGUGGCCAGAGUGUUUGAUAUACUGUUUCUUCAGGGAAUUGAUGUCAUAUUUAAAGUAGCGCUUAGUCUGCUCAGCAGCCAUGAAGCCCGUAUAAUGGAGUGUGACAACUUUGAAUCUAUUGUGGACUUCCUUAAGAGCACUAUCCCCAAUCUGACCAUUGCCCAGAUGGAGGAGACCAUUGCCCAGGUGUUUGAGAUGGACAUUUCCAAACAGCUCCAUGCCUAUGAGGUGGAGUACCAUGUGCUGCAGGAUGAGAUGCUGGAAGCCUCUGUGCCAAGUAACGAUGCAGAGCGACUGGAUAAACUGGAGCGGACAAAUAACCAGCUCAAGAGGCAGAACAUGGAUCUGCUGGAGAAGCUACAGGCGGCCCGCAUUAAAAUCCAGAACCUGGAGGUUAACCUGGAGAACAUCGUCACUCGGGAGAGUAAAAUGAAACGCCUAAUCCGCUCACUGGAGCAGGAGAAGAUAACGAAUCAGAAGACUAUAGAACGCAUGCAAAACCUUUGGCCACCAGAAGCUGUCUAAUAUUGAACUGACAGUUAAACUGUGGCCCAAACAGCAAAGCAAAAUCUAUUAACAAAAAGCCAUGACAAGUGAGAAUCAGAAUAGUCGCAUGCAGCAUAACAUUCACAGCUAAGCAGUAUUCCUGGAGGCCUCAGCAGCUGGGGCUCAUGACACAUUGUUAGCCAAGGGUCAUGGGUCAGUAAAUGCAUGCAAGCCUCUGUGAUGACAGUAGGCAAAUCCAAGGUGAUGUGGUAGCCUUUCUUGCAUAUAGCUUUUAAUAUAAAAUGGAAGCAUCUUUCUUUUCUAUGGUGUUGUAUAAAAAGUAGGAGUUGUGAAGUGAAGCACACUUUUACAUUGUGUGUUUUACAUUUGUGGUGAUAGUGCCUAAUACUACAUUUUAAGGUGAUUUUAAGAGAAACAUCUGAUUUUUUAUGUAACCACUUCCAUAUACUGUAUGUCACAAAAAAAGGAUUUUGUCUUUUCAAGAUAUGUAUUGAAAAUACUUGAAAAUAAGUUGAAUGUAUUUUCUUUCCAAAUAAUUGCAUAUGUAAAGUGAAAAACAAAACGUACUGUAUGUAGAAUCAUAUUAGCCUACCAUAAAGCUUACUGUUAAACACACUGAAUAUUUAAGCUCUAGCUUUUCGUCGCAACAGGACUCUUGCAAGAAAAGAGCAGUUCCUUCUGUUUGUGAGCCUCGUGCUAACCAGAAAGGCUGACCCCAAAAUCGUAGCAGUUGGCUCAGAAUUAGUCAACUGGUGCUGUAAAUAUGUUCUUAACCAGUUACUUUAGGAAGAGUAUAAUUAAUGUUAUAUUGUAGUGUUAUUCUGUACUGUAUACCAGUGCAGGACUGAAGCAGUGUAUAUGUUGCUAUAGAGUUAACAUUAUAUUGUAAUGUUAUACUGUACAGUAUACAAGUGCAGGACUGAAGCAGUGUAUACAUUGC